AUGCCGAAGCCUCCGCGGCCGCACCUCCCUCCCUGCGCCUUGGAGCCUACCCGCGGCGGCCCCUCCUCGACCGGCAGCGCCUUCCGCGCGGCGGCCCCCUCCCCAACCGGCGGCGCCUCCGCGGCGGCCCCUUCCUCGACGGGCGGCCCCCUCUUCUUCCUCGCGCUUGAGGUCCUCCGCCCCUCCCCGAACUCGGCCGAGCCCUACCCCGGCCGAAUCGGGGCUUGCGCCGCUGAAGCCACCUGUGCUCCUCCGCCGGAGCGCGGCCCGUUCGUCGAUCUCCGUUCUCCUGCCGCCCUCCGUCAAAUCGAGCCCACAUUGAGCUUCCCCGUAACCUCCUCUUCCUCCCCAACCCAUUCCCCCUGUGUUCUUGCUUCGCCGCCACCGGGGCGCAGCCGCUGCUGCUCACCGCUGCGCGUCCCCACCGCGGGCCGCCCCACCGCCUUCUUGCCUCUCUCACCUUCUCGCCUCCCUACCCUGCAUCGGCCGAACUCCACCGCCGUCGUGCCUGGUCGUGGCCAUGGCCAUGCCCAUGGUGUGCGGGAGCUGGGGCUGGGCUGGGCCACUCACUGA